AAUACUUUCAGUAGAAGACUACCAAAUGUUCCAUAAAGGUAUAGUAGCAAAUGGUACCCCUGUGGUCCGGACCUAUAUAGACCAGCUGGCACAGGUACUCAGUGCACUCAUUGGGUGGAGUAAGUUAGAGAAGUGUACUAAUGGCAAAGGUGACAAGUGCAAGGGCAAUAAGAAUAAUGAUCCCAAUGGUGCUCCACACGGUGGCAAGGGCUGCACGUAUCUACAGGAGGUAAAGCAGGAUGAUAUAUCAUGUGCAGCUUGUGGGUGUAUGAAAUGGGAAGUGCCCAAGCCGGGAAAAGGCGAUAAGGGACACCACCUGGGCAGGGGGUGUACAAGGUGUAGUGAUAGUGGUAAUAGAGAUGCGUGUCAGUGUGAUAACAAUGGUGGCGCCUGUACAGGUUCUGACAAGUGCAAAUGCGCCAAAAAAGGCAAAUGCUGCAAGUGUUGUUGCACGAAUUGUAAGGGGAAGUGUAAAGAUGAAAAGGAGAGGAAGUGUAGAUGUACUACCGAGGAGAGCAUUGGCCACGGUGUAUACAAAGACAGUUAUAUGUCAGCAUACACCAAGACAGUAGAAACAUCGAGCUACUUUGAAGAGGUUAUCAAACACGAUACACCUCCAACAUGGAGUAGUUUGAUGAAUGAUCCUAAUAGGUUCACCUCCAAUGGGACCCCCUCCAAACGCCGCCAGCACUGUGCCCGUAUUUUCCUAGGGUCAGUAUGUCUCAUCUGGAGUGGACUCAGUCAGUUGGGAUGGUUGACCAAGGGUGGGAGUGGUAGUGGCAAUGAGACGAGGUGGAAGGAAGGAAUGUUAAGUAAAGAGGGUGAUGGUCUCGGCUCAUUCAUGGCGGCCAUGGGCUAUAACCUGGAGAGGUUGAAUCAGGGUCAAGGUAAGUACUGCCUAGGGUAGUGAUGCUAUUAAUGCAUGUAAGGAGAUCAGCAGUU